AUGUCGACGCUAACACGGAAUGCGUCUGCGCCUCCUAGGUUUCGACAGCAUGUUGGAUUUGACAAUCUGCCCGUGGGCGAGGCUACCAAGAACAACACGUCGUCCUUCACCCUUCACGUCCGACACCAGGGCUACCAGCCCUCACGGAGAUCCCGCACGUUCAUGAUUGGUGUGGAUGAGCAUAGCUACUCCGAUUAUGCGCUGGUCUGGCUCUUGACCAACAUGGUCGACGAUGGCGACGAGGUGGUGUGUGUCAGGGUGCUGGAGAGCCCCAUUCGCCCGGGCGAGAAAAAUUACCAGGAGGAGGCCAAGAGGCUGCUCCAGGCCAUCCAGGCCAAGAACACGCUGAACAAGGCCAUUAGUAUUGUCUUGGAGUACUCGGUUGGGAAACUGCACCUGACCUUUCAGCAGAUGCUUCACAUCCACCAACCUUCGAUGCUCAUUGUCGGGACCAAGGGACGCUCGCUCGGGGGUCUUCAGGGGCUGAUGAACACGAGGAACUCGUUCUCAAAGUAUUGCCUCCAGUACAGCCCCAUUCCAGUAGUAGUUGUUAGGCCCGACGACCAACGACAGAAGAAGAAGGAGAAGCGGACGCAAGAUCCGAAUCGACAGAGCUACGUUGCCAUGCUCGCGCACAACAACGGCAAACACGAGGCCGACUCGGACACGUAUAACGUGUUCGAACUCGAGCGUGGUAUUUCAGCCGACGAAGAGGCGCACCGAGUAGCGGCAGCGAUCGGGCUCCCGGCGGCAUUUGAUCCCACCAUCAAGCCCUUCCGGGCUUCUUCACAUACCCGACGACCGUCGUCUCUUUCCGGGGCGUCGUCUGUUGGGGGGAGGUCGAGCUCGCCGCCGCCGCCAACAGUCCGCACCGAGAGCGGUGAUGAGGAAAGCGGCGAGGACGAAGAAGACUUUGAGGCCGAGGUUGUGUCCCCGGGGCAGAUUCAGAAGGCAGAGCGAAAGGUGGCUGCACUCGAGAGGGAGCAAAAGCAACGGCUGCACGACAUGGAGGUGGGGGAAGCCGCGGCGCUUCUGAAGUCGGCACAGGCCGAGGAGGAUGACGACGACGACGAAAUACCCGAACGGACGGAAAACAAUAGGGCCAAGUAA